CGACCACCGACCGUGAGAGUGUCACGGUUAGCCGGCCAACCGACCGGUCGGUUUCGGUUUUAGGCUCGGUUAGCCGGCCAACCGGAAAAUACCCUUUCUAAAAAAAAAAAAACAACAACAACAAAAAAUAUGCACCACUCACCACUCACUCCUCACCCCUCUCACUUCUCGAUUCUUCUUCCUUUCCAGAACAGCGACGCCCUCUCACUUCUCUUCUUCUUCUUCCGCCCUUCUUCUUCUUCCUUUCCAGAUUAGCCGACCGCCCUUCUUCUUCUUCCUUUCCAGAGCAGCGACCGCCGGUUGCUACCGCUCCCACCUUCUCCUUCUUCUCCGUCCCAAUCGACCGACGGAGCAGAUGAGCAGCGGCUAAGAUCUGGCUGCAUGGUUGCAAGGAAAAGAAGAGGAAGGGGGAUCGACGCUCAACGGAGCGAUGGCCGAUGGGUAAGUGACCGCCUCCCUCUCUGCUUUGUCUGCUGGCUCGCGCUCGACGGAGCGAUGGCCGAUGGGAUCGUCGGGGAAGGCGGGGAUGGCGAUGGGGUCGUCGGGGAAGGCGGGGAUGGUGGUUGGUGGCUGGCGUCGGCUGAGAAUCGAAGGGAAGACUGAAGAGGGAGUUGGAGAGGGUGUUUGUCUGUUUUAUUUGGGAAUGGAGGAGGAUGGGCCGAUAGGGUUGGAGUGUUGGAGAGAGGGUUGUUUGGUGAAGGGGAACGGGGUCGUUUGUGGGGGGGAACGGGGUCGUUUGGUCGCAGGGAUGGCUGGCCGGUUAUUUUCGGUUAGCCGAAAAUAGCGCGGACGCUACCGAUACCCGAACGCAGUCAUUAACCGUCGGUUUCCGGUUAGCUGUUAACCGACUGGUUACCGGUUAAACCGGUCGGAUAACCGCAAACCGGAAACCGAUCCGCCACCCCUAGUUUUAAUUGUUGUCGAUUGCUGGGUCUGGGGCUCAAAAUAGGGUGCAUAACCAUGGGUUAUGCACACAUCAAUAACUAAAUUUUGACCCUUCAUUUAGAAAAUCCAGAUCUAAGGAUGGAGAAUUAAAGAUCAUUUUUAUUUUUCGUAGCUUUCUUAAUCAGCUCAUAUCUUCUUCGUUUUAACUCGGAUUUUUUUUUUGCACAGAUGGAACGAGUUCGUUGUGUUCUACAAUAUGAGAUCUAUUUUCAAUAUUUUUUGAGAAAAUUUUCUUUUAUUGCCUCUCGAUGCCAACUGCAUACCAUAUGGUAUUUUCUUCAUUUUUAAUUCGUUUUUGAAAACGUUUGCACAGAAGGAACGAGUUCAUCAAGAUCUAUUGAAUCUACAAAUUUUUGGCUGAAAAAAUUAUAGGACCAAAAAAUACCACACAAUACCACCCUGGUACCCCGGGGGGGGGGGGGGGGUAUCUUGUGGUACACAAUGUUAAAAGUCGUAAAUGACAGUGAAUAUACUUUUAUUAUCAUG